UCACCGGGUGACAGUGGAGGAGGGAGACACGAAGCUGCUCCCUGACUGCCGAGACCAAGCAGACAGAGGAGGUGCGAAACAACGUCGACAUCAGGAGACACGCAGUGCAUAUCCACCAUAAUGUAGAACUAAACCAGCAAGAACAGUCGUGCGCCACAUCUACUCAUUUACAUAAGCAGAUGUAUCGGGUGGAGUGGUGGAAUUAAAAGGCCUGUUUCUUUAUAGCGUGGUUAAAAUGAAGGAGCUGAAGGGCUGCGGUAUGCGCUGUUCAGUGGGCUUUCUGUCCCGCAGAGAGCUGACCGGACAGUCGCUCAUGAAGGAGGAGUUCCAGAGACGCAGGCUGGCCGGCUGCACCAGCCUCUACAAGAAAAAUUUGGAGGGCCAUUUUGGCUGCGUCAACGCCAUUGAGUUCUCCAACAACGGCGGAGAAUGGCUGGUGUCCGGUGGUGAUGACCGGCGUGUGCUUUUGUGGGAUAUGGAAAAAGCCAUCCACUCCCAUUCCAAGCCUGUGAAACUGAAGGGCGAGCACCUCUCCAACAUCUUCUGCCUCGCCUUUGACAGUACCAACACAAAAGUCUUCUCUGGUGGAAAUGAUGAACAGGUGAUUCUUCACGAUGUAGAGAGACGGGAGACUCUGAACGUGUUCCUGCAUAUAGAUGCUGUCUACAGCUUGUCUGUCAGCCCAGUCAACGACAACAUAUUUGCAAGCUCGUCGGACGAUGGCCGCGUUCUGAUCUGGGACACUCGUGAGCCGCCACAUGGAGAGCCGUUCUGCCUGGCUAGUUACCCUUCGGCAUUCCACAGCGUAAUGUUCAACCCUGUGGAGCCUCGAUUGCUAGCCACAGCCAACUCAAAGGAAGGUGUUGGAUUGUGGGACAUCCGCAAGCCACGCAGCUCUCUGCUCCGUUACGGUGGCAGCAUGUCCCUGCAGAGCGCCAUGAGUGUUCGCUUCAACAGCACGGGCACACAGCUUCUGGCUCUACGGCGCCGCCUGCCGCCCGUCCUCUAUGAGCUGCACUCCCGCCUGCCCAGCUUCCAGUUCGACAACCAGGGCUACUUUAACUCCUGCACCAUGAAGAGCUGCUGCUUCGCUGGGGACAAGGAUCAGUACAUCUUGUCUGGAUCAGAUGACUUCAAUUUGUACAUGUGGAAAAUCCCCAAUGACCCUGAAGCAGGAGGCCCUGGUCGAGUGGUAAACGGAGCCUUCAUGGUUCUAAAAGGUCACCGCUCCAUUGUGAACCAGGUUCGCUUUAACCCUCACUCUUACAUGAUCUGCUCCUCCGGUGUGGAGAAGGUCAUCAAGGUUUGGAGUCCAUACCUGCAGCCUGGCAGUGAAGGGGAUCUGGAGGGUCGGGUGGAGGACAAGUCCCGCAGCCUCUACAGCCAUGAGGAGUAUAUCAGCCUGGUUCUCAACAGUGGCAGCGGUCUAUCCCAUGAUUAUGUCAGUCAGUCUAUAGAGGAGGAUCCACGCAUGAUGGCUUUCUUUGACUCUUUGGUGCGUCGGGAGAUUGAGGGCUGGAGUUCAGACUCUGAUAGUGAUCUCAGCGAGGAAGCUAUCAUGCAGCUCCAUGCCCGUGGACGUCGCACCACACGGGCCACAUCAGCAGCUCCUGCUGCCGCCUCUGCGGCUGAUCACCACAGUGACUCUGAUAACUCCUCCUCCUCCUCAUUGGCUGGACCUGAUGCCUCUGGAGGACAGGAGCAAGCUGGAGAAGAUGGAGAGGAGUGCCCACGGAGACAGAGGAGACGUCAGCAACAUCAGUCCAGCUUCCUGGUGAAUGAGGACUCCGACUCAAGUGAGUUUUGGCUUGACCCCAUGCCCCGUCCCCGAUCCCCAAGCCCCAGGGAGAACUCCACACUCUCCAGCCCCAGCUCCUCUCCUUCACUCCCUGCAAGAGCCUCCAGUUCCUCCACAUCCACCUCCAGCUCCAGCAGUGACGACGAGGAGCGACGCAGCGCUGUCAGGCGCCAGAACGUCAUGAGGCGGUGUCGCAUGAACGUAGUCUCGAGAGCUGGGAACAGACCCGAGUCCAUACAGGCUCUGUUUUCAGCCAUCGACUCCUACGGUUACCCGUCGAUCUCAGUCGACGAUCUGGCUUCCUCAUCAUCAGAAGAGGAGCAGAACUCCCUCGAAAUCAAAACCCCAGCUUCUGGUUCCAGAGAGGAGGACAAAUGUCUGAGUCCAUCUGACUUUGUGUGCCCAAGCCCAGUAAUGUCUCCUGGAAGCGAAGACAACAAUGGGAGUGACAGAAAUGAGCAAGAAGGGCAUCCAGCUGCAUCGCCUCUGUUACUGGAAGCAUGCAGGACUGAGGGGGUGGAGCCUGCGCUCGGCAGCCCUGAAAACGGAGAGGCUAAUGAUAGCUCAACGGUUGCAGAUGGAAUUUCUCAAAGCCGACGUAGCCCAGGUGCAAAUGGACAACACAGACCCGUCACACCAGCCAAGCAGCAGGUCUCCUCAGAGUCAGAGGAAGAUACUGGAGCCAUACCUGAAGACUCCAGGCCACAGAGAGAGAAGGGCCUGGCACAGAGUGCUUUGAAGCGGACUCGUGUGGGAUCGGAUGAGGGCGAGUUGGACUUGUCACCCUCUGAAAAGAAGCUAAAGACGUAACAAAGUUUCUUAUCAUUUGUACAUAGACCUAAACUUAGGAAGUUAGGAAGUGGAUUUUCUAUGAGUCUUUACAACUAAGCUUUUUCAUUUCUGACUCAAAGUCAUGUAACACCUGACCUCACUGCUAAAGAACAGCUUCGAAGGACAGAGCGGUUCAUUUUUUUGUUGAAGAGUUAACAGACUGGACUGUAUCUUCAAUGUUUCUGUCAAAUUUACAGAUUACAUUAAGAUAUAACUAAGCUGCGUAUUGGUAAUAUUUGAGCGGCAUUUAUUUUUACGUAACGUCAGUGUUCCUUUAUCCCCCCUCAUGUUCUGUUGUAGAAAUGUCCGCCUGGAUCCGUAGUUCAGUUCAGCCCCUUAAUUACAAACAUUUCACGCUGAGCUUGUUCUGACUAGCUUUAUUGUCAUUAGGUGUUUCUGGUUUUACGCUGCUUCAGGAAGCCUGAAGAAUUGACUGACUAUUUCCGUUUGUAUAAUCUGUGCAUUGCUUUCUUUUUUCUGUUAUUAAUCUGCCCCCACCUACAGAUACAAUUCAUCUCAUCUGUGUUUUCUUGCAACUAAAGAAAUUCAUCUGUGACAAAACUUAAGUGUUUACUUAUAUUUACCGGUGAUUUUAAAUACGUAGAAAAUGAGUCAGUUUGAUGAAACAUUUAAGGGUAAUGCCAGCAUGGCCUCAGAGUCUCCAUGGCAACAUGAUGUAGACCCUCCAUGAUGGUAAUGGAAAGGUUGUUCAGCCUACUCUGCUGCAGUUUAGAAUGGUUCAAUAAGAAAUAUUCCCCAAAAAAUUUGCUAAAUGGUCACUUUUUUUUUGGUUUUGUUUUACAUGGUUCCUGCAGUUGAAAAAGUAUAAAAUAUGGAAAAAGAAAUGCACACCACCCUUACCAUACAUCGUUCUCAGUUGCUUUGUAAACAUGGAAGUUAAGGGUCACUUCAAUCAAAGGUUCUUAGGCUGGUUUAUGUCUAAAAGAUCCACAAAGCUGCUUUAUUGUCGGCUUCUCUUCGGCACCUACCGUCUAAGUCUUACGAAUUGGGUAAAGUUGUCUGUCUGGUUGGUUGGUGGCUGACAAAGAAUGAUUAUAUACACGCUGAGACACUUUUAUAAUGGUUCCUGGGUGGAGUUUACUUCAGAGACAAAACAACAGAUGAUGAGUUAGACCUUCUGAAGUACACAGGGAACAAUUUUCUCAUUGAAUCCAUUCAGUUGUGCAGCUCUUCACCUAGUCCAUCCAUUCAUUUUCAGCCUCUUAUCCAUCCAUCUAUAUCCAUCAAUCCAUCCUUUCUCC